AUUUCCUCCCAAUCCCUCACGUAGAUGUCGCUGUCUGUGACCACUGCCGUUUCCGCCCUCCUCCUCCUCCUCGUGGUGGUGAUGAUGGCCACCGCGGGGGCUCGAGCGGACGAUGUGCUGCCAUUCCCAUACAACCUGGGCACCACGUCCAUCUACCACCCGUUCCAGGACUCGAGCAGCUACACUCUGCCGCCCGCGGGCAGCGUCCUCGUGCACUCUGCGCUGCUCGCCCGCCACGGAUCCCGCUACCCGACCAACAUUGCUGACUUUACAGACCUCGACAACGUGCUCUACCCGAUCGAGGGCCAGAUCACCAACCCCGCACUCCAGUGGCUCAAAUCCUGGGAGCCGCCGUUCACGCUCACCGACGAGGGAUUGCUCGUCCAGCGUGGCAUGCAGGAGCACUAUGACCUCGCCCAGCGCCUCUCGUUCGCAUUCCCAGACACAUUCCGUGCUCCUUACUCGCCAAUCACCUACACGGUCCAAGCCACCCAGGUUUCGCGUGCCGCCCAAAGCGCUGCCAGCUUUACCUACGGUUUGUUUGAGGGAAACGGCCAGCUGGAACAAAAGUACUCUCCCGUCGCGAUCUGGUCCAACUCGAUGAAUGCCGACUUUACGCUGCGCUUCUUUGACGCUUGCCCCGCCUACAAUACCUACCUCGACAGCGACGCUUCGUCAGCCGAGAGCAACAAGUACAUUUCUUCGGCAGCCAUGAAGGCGGUUGCUGCACGCAUUUCCGCGACACUGAACGUUACUUCCUUCAGUCUUACUCCAGUCCAGGCACUGGAAAUUUACAGCAUGUGCCAGUACGAGGUCGCUGUUCUGAACAUUACCAACCAGUUCUGCGCUCUGAUCGACCCUUCGGACGUUGACACACUCAACUAUGUCGACGAUCUUCUCACCUACUGGCAAAUUGGCUACGGCAACACAAUCAACUACAACAUUGCCUCCCCGUUGCUGCAAGACAUUAUCUCGACGCUGGUGUCCACCUCCCGCUCCCCCGGCCUUGCCGCGUCCCUUCGCUUUGCCCAUGCUGAGACGGUGGCCCCGCUGAUUGCGCUCUUGGGCCUGUACAAGGACGGCACGCCGCUUCGUGCGUCGGCUUCGCCUGCUGCAAUUGCCAACCGCCUGUGGCGUGGUAGCUCCAUCAUUCCGUUCGCCGCCAACCUCCACUUUGCCAUGUACUUUACUCCUGGCGAGCGCGCGACCAGCAACUACGUCGUCGGCCUCUUCCACAAUGAAAUGCAAGUCGCUUGGCCCGGCUGCGAGGCGGAUGCACUCAACACCUUCUACUGCCCGCUCGACGUGAUUCAGCGCAUCUACGCCGACCAGCUCAGUGUCUCUUUUGAUUCCACCUGCGGCAUUGGUGGCUCCUCCCCUUCGAGCUCGACCAACAAGUGGGCCGUCGACCAACCCUACGGUGCAGUUAUCGUGACACUUUUGUUCUUUGCGGGCGUUGUUGUUGCCCUCGUUGCUGUGCGAAUCCGCGCAAACCGUCGCCGCUCGCAUUAUCAAUCUCUGAACUAGAGCCAGCAAUAGAAGUGCGAGCAUUGCUUUUCUUUGUUAGACUGUCGGUGAACCUUAUUAAAUCCAACAACAGCACUUGUCAUCGGCUUGCGCUCGAAUACACAAAAACAUAACAAAAAAAUACAUUCGCUUCCGAC